GCCGGAGGUCGCGAGUCCGAGAGCUGAGAGAACGACGAGGAGCCGGGGUCAUCGUGUCCUCGGGAGCAGAGCGUCCCGAGCGCCCGGGUCCGCGCUUUUUCGCUCGUGGGGUCGCGGGGUCUCCGGUCCUCGUCCCUGGGCAUGGGCGGCCGGUAGGAGCGGGGCUCCCGCUGCCCGGUUGUGAGCGCUGGGCCAUGGCGUUGGAGACGCGUCCGGAGCUGGUGGGGAAGCGGUUCCUGUGUGUGGCGGUCGGCGAGGAGGCGCGUCCGGAGCGCGGGGAGAGCGGACGCUGCUGGCGGAGCUGGCGAGCGGGGGUCAUCCGUGCCGCGUCGCACCGGGACCGCCGCGACCCGGACCUGGCGGUAUAUGUGGAGUUUGAUGAUCUUGAAUGGGAUAAAAGAGAGUGGGUUAAAGUUUAUGAAGAUUUUUCAGCUUUCUUGGUGGAAUACCACCUAAUUUGGGCCAAAAGGAACGACCCUAGCCAGACUCAGGGAUCAAAGAGCAAGCAGAUUCAGUGGCCUGCACUGACUUUCAAGCCACUGGUUGAGAAAAGUAAACCCAGAUCAGUCACUGCAGUAGAAUUCCUUAUAGACAAACAACUGGAUUUUUUAACUGAGGAUAGUGCCUUUCAGCCCUACCAGGACGACAUAGACAGCCUAAACCCAGUUCUCAGGGACAACCCGCAACUUCAUGAGGAAGUGAAAGUCUGGGUAAAGGAACAAAAAGUUCAGGAGAUUUUUAUGCAAGGUCCUUAUUCUUUAAAUGGAUACAGAGUGAGAGUGUAUAGACAAGACUCUGCCACCCAGUGGUUUACUGGCAUAAUUACUCAUCAUGAUCUCUUCACUCGCACCAUGGUCGUUAUGAAUGAUCAGGUACUAGAGCCACAGAAUGUCGAUCCUUCUAUGGUUCAAAUGACCUUUCUAGAUGAUGUUGUUCAUUCCUUGUUAAAAGGUGAAAAUAUUGGCAUUACAUCACGACGCAGGUCUCGUGCCAAUCAGAAUAUCAACACUGUUCAUGGUCAUUAUACGCGUGCUCAAGCAAAUAGUCCCAGACCAGCAAUGAACUCCCAAGCUGCUGUACCAAAGCAGAAUACACACCAGCAACAAAGAAACAUCCGUCCAAAUAAGAGGAAAGGCUCAGACAGCAGUAUACCAGAUGAAGAGAAGAUGAAAGAGGACAAGUGUGAUUACAUAUCACGAGGAGAAACCCCUAAAAAUAAAAAGAUGAAUAAAAGAAGGAAGCCUGAAGAGGAAGAAAAGAAACUAAAUAUGAAAAGGCUGCGGACUGACAAUAUUUCGGACUUUUCUGAGAGCAGUGACUCAGAAAGUUCAAAUAAGAAAAUAAUUGAUAACUCCUCUGAGCAAAAGCCAGAGAAUGAAUUGAAAAAUAAAAAUACUUCAAAGAUAAAUGGAGAAGAAGGGAAAAAUGAGAAGGCAGUAGAGGAGACACUAGAUAUCCGGCCCCCUUGGGAUCAAAUACAGGAAGAUAAACAUGAUGGAGAGAAGAGGAAAUCUGUGGAUACUCAUCUUCAAGAAAAAAUGAGUGUGCAUUCAUCAGAACAGGCCACACUUCCUGAUCAUAAUUCUAACGAUUUGGGUCUUAAAGAAUGCAGUAUGGAAAAUACACAUACAGUGGAUUUAUUACCAAAGGAGAAGUUUGUAUCCAGACCACCCACACCAAAAUGUGUUAUCGAUAUUACAAAUGAUGCUAAUUCAGAAAGGGUGGCUCAGGAAAACACAAGUACCUUUGGCCUCCAGACAUCUGACAACGUAGAUCCUUGUGUUAGUGAUUCAAAACAUACAAUUUCAAAUGUAAAAUACUUAGAAGCAGCCAAACAAGAUCCUGAGCAGAUCUGGGUCAGUGAUGUAGGCAAAGUGGAUUUAACACCGUCAGGUGUUACAAAUGCUUCUUCAGGAACUGAUCGCCUAGAUAUGGAAAAAGACAAAAAUAAAUAUGUCUCUUACAUGUCUUCUUUAAGUACAACUGCUAUCACAGAGGAUAAAUCGCUUAAGCGAAGUCCACCCCCAGAGACCAUAAGAUCCAAACUAAACACUUCAGUAGAUGGUCACAAGACAAGACCCAAUUCCUCACCUGAGGUUGUAAAACCCAAAAUUCCACAUUCUCCUGAUCCUAUAAAGUCUAAGACGACAUACACAAACAGUCAAGCUACUGGUGAAAGAAGAUUGGCAAAUAAGAUAGAACAUGAGUUAUCAAGAUGCAGUUUUCAUCCAGUUCCUCCUCGAGGCAGUACAUUGGAAUCUACCAAGAGCCCUCUGAUCAUUGAUAAAAAUGAGCAUUUCACAGUUUAUAGAGAUCCUGCUCUUAUUGGGUCAGAAACAGGAGCUAAUCACAUUUCACCUUUCUUAAGCCAGCAUCCUUUUUCUCUUCAUUCCUCAUCUCAUAGAACCUGUUUAAAUCCUGGUACCCAUCAUCCUGCCUUAACUCCUGCACCUCACUUACUAGCUGGGUCAUCUAGUCAAACUCCAAUACCUAACAUUAACACUCACCCUCUGACUAGUGGUCCACACCAUUCUAUUCAUCACCCUCAUUUACUUCCCACUGUGUUACCUGGAGUGCCUGCUGCCUCCUUACUUGGCGGCCAUCCUCGCCUAGAAAGUGCUCAUGCCAGCAGCUUGAGUCACUUAGCACUAGCACACCAGCAACAGCAACAGUUGUUACAGCACCAGUCACCUCAUCUCCUUGGACAAGCCCAUCCUUCUGCUACUUACAAUCAGCUUGGACUUUACCCAAUUAUUUGGCAGUAUCCAAAUGGAACACAUGCAUACUCAGGACUUGGUCUGCCUUCUUCUAAAUGGGUUCACUCAGAAAAUGCAGUUAAUGCGGAAGCUUCAUUAAGGAGGAAUUCUCCCAGUCAUUGGUUACAUCAACCUACUCCUGUGACUUCAGCAGAUGGUAUCGGCUUACUUAGUCACAUUCCUGUAAGACCAUCCAGUGCAGAGCCUCAUCGACCUCUUAAAAUUACAGUGCAUUCCAGUCCACCAUUGACAAAAACUCUAAUAGAUCACCAUAAAGAAGAACUAGAGAGGAAAACGUUUAUGGAACCAUUACGGUCUGUCUCAUCCACAUCUGCAAAAAAUGACCUAGAUCUUAAUAGGUCACAAACUGGAAAAGAUUGUCACUUGCAUAGACAUUUUGUGGAUCCAGCAUUAAAUCAGUUACAGAGACCAUCCCAUGAAACAGGAGAGAGAUUAAACAAAUACAAAGAAGAGCAUCGUCGAAUUCUUCAAGAAAGUAUUGAUGUUGCUCCAUUUACAACUAAAAUCAAGGGGCUUGAGACUGAGAGAGAUUAUUCCAGACUACCAUCAUCAUCUUCGAGUCCUAAAAGCCAUGCCAUCAAACAAGAUAAAGAUGUAGAUCGCUCAGUAUCAGAGCUUUAUAAAAUGAAGCACUCUGUGCCUCAGAGUUUGCCCCAAAGUAAUUAUUUCACUACAUUGUCCAAUAGUGUGGUGAACGAGCCACCAAGAUCAUACCCAUCUAAAGAAGUUUCAAAUCUUUACACUGAAAAGCAGAGUAAUACGCUUGCUGUAGCAGCUAAUCCUCAAACUCUGACUUCAUUUAUAUCAUCUCUUUCAAAGCCCCCACCUUUGAUUAAACACCAGCCAGAAAAUGAAAGCUUACUAGGCAAGAUAACAGACCAUGUACCCCAUCAGAUUACAUCUCAUUCAGUAACAGCUUUUAGAAAUGAUUGUAGGAGUCCUACCCACUUGACAGUUUCUUCUACAAAUACACUCCGCAGUAUGCCUGCUUUACAUAGAGCACCAGUAUUUCACCCACCAAUUCAUCACAGUUUGGAAAGAAAAGAAAGCAGCUACAGUAGCCUUUCUCCUCCCACUUUAACUCCAGUGAUGCCAGUUAAUGCUGGUGGGAAAGUUCAAGAAUCACAGAAGCCUCCAACUCUAAUUCCUGAGCCAAAAGACUCUCAGGGAAAUUUUAAGAGUUCUGAACAGACAUUUACAGAAAUGUGGAGAUCUAAUAAUAACCUCAGCAAAGAGAAAGCUGAAUGGCAUAUGGAGAAAAAUACUGGAAAGACACAGGCUGCUGUGGCAUCUGUCAUUGUACGUCCACCUUCUAGUUCAAAAAUUGAUAGCGUACCAAUCCUUCCAUUAGUUUCCAAAGAUCGAGUUAGUGAAAAAUCAUCAAUAAGGGCAAAUAAAAUAGAUUGUGUCAAACCAUCAGAAACUGGAAGAAUAAUUCUACCAAAUGUGAAUUUGGACAAUGUUCGGGCAAACUCUGAAAAAUACUAUGAAGCUGUCUCCCAGGGCAGUGUUCCCACUUCAGUCAUGUCUACUCUGAAUACAGUAUGUAAUACCAAAACAGAUGUAUUCAUAUCUCCUGUCACUACCACCAGUGCUUCCAGCCAGGGUAGUUCAGAACUCAUUUCCUCUGUAUCAAAUACCCUUUUGGCCUCUACAUCUUUAGAGUGUACUUCAAAAAGUGUUAGUCAGCCAGUGGGACAAACACAAGAAUGCAGAGUCAGCACCACAGUUCCAGUUACCCUAGCCAGUAAUAAAAUAGGAAGUGCUAUUCAGCCUAGCUCGGGCUUCUCAGGCACAACUGAUUUUAUCCAUUUGAAAAAGCACAAAGCGGCAUUGGCUGCAGCUCAGUAUAAAAAUAGUAAUGUCAAUGAGACUGAACUUAAUCCUGUGAAAAAUCAGACAGCUUCAGCCACUCUUCCCCUGGAUAGCACUGUAAUCUGUAGUACAAGUAACAAAGCAAACUCUGUAGGAAAUGGGCAGUUGUCCCAGACAAGCCAAACAAACUAUCAUACUAAACUGAAAAAGGCUUGGCUUACUAGACAUUCAGAAGAAGAUAAAAAUACUAAUAAAAUAGAAAAUUCAGGGACUUCUGUAUCAGAAAUUAUUAAGCCAUGCUCUGUCAAUUUAAUAGCCUCUACAUCUAAUGAUAUUCAUAAUAGUGCAGAUAGUAAAGUCAUAGUUGAUAAAUAUGUAAGGGAUGAUAAAGCCAAUAGAAGAAAAGGUAAAAGGACUUAUGAGUCUGGCUCUGAAAGUGGAGACACAGAUGAAAGUGAAAGCAAGUCAGAACAAAGGACUAAAAGGCAACCUAAGCCAACUUACAAAAAGAAGCAAAAUGAUUUGCAGAAGAAGAAAGGUGAAGUAGAGGAGGAUUUAAAACCCAAUGGAAUUCUCAGCAGGAGUGCCAAAGAAAAAAGUAAAUUGAAGUUACAGAACAACAGUAGUAGUGCUGGCAUUCCUCGUUCAGUAUUAAAAGAUUGGCGAAAGGUCAAGAAGCUGAAGCAAACUGGAGAAUCAUUUUUACAGGAUGACUCCUGUUGUGAGAUAGGGCCUAACCUACAGAAGUGCCGAGAAUGCAGACUUAUUCGCACUAAAAAAGGAGAAGAACCAACUCAUUCACCAGUAUUUUGUAGAUUUUAUUACUUUAGACGAUUGUCAUUUAGUAAAAAUGGAGUGGUUAGAAUUGAUGGCUUCUCUUCUCCUGACCAGUAUGAUGAUGAAGCAAUGAGUUUAUGGACACAUGAAAAUUAUGAAGAUGAUGAAUUGGACAUAGAAACUUCUAAAUAUAUCUUGGAUAUGAUAGGCGAUAAGUUCUGUCAGUUAGUAACAUCUGAAAAAACAGCUUUGUCCUGGGUGAAAAAGGAUGCCAAAAUUGCCUGGAAAAGAGCAGUAAGAGGAGUCCGAGAGAUGUGUGAUGCAUGUGAAGCAACAUUGUUUAACAUUCAUUGGGUCUGCCAAAAAUGUGGAUUUGUGGUUUGUUUGGAUUGUUACAAAGCAAAGGAGAGGAAGAGUUCUAGAGAUAAAGAACUGUAUGCUUGGAUGAAGUGUGUCAAAGGACAACCUCAUGAUCAUAAACAUUUAAUGCCAACUCAAAUUAUACCUGGUUCUGUGCUGACAGAUCUUCUAGAUGCCAUGCACAUUCUUAGGGAAAAAUAUGGUAUUAAAUCACAUUGCCAUUGUACUAACAAACAGAAUUUACAAGUUGGAAAUUUUUCUACAAUGAAUGGUGUAUCUCAAGUUUUACAGAAUGUUCUUAAUCACAGUAAUAAAAUUUCUCUGUGCAUGCCUGAGUCUCCGCAGCAGAGUAUUCCUCAGAAAUCUGAAAGUAAUGGCAACGACAGUCCAGGCAGUGACGUAAGCACAGAAAACAAGUUAACUCCACCAGAAUCCCAGUCACCACUGCACUGGUUAGCAGAUCUUGCAGAACAAAAAUCCAGACAGGAAAAAAAAGAAGACAAAGAAUUUGCCCUUGAAAAAGAAAUUAAAGAAGAAAAAGAUGAUGAUGAUGAUGAUGAUGAUGAUGAUGAUGAUGAUGAUGAUGAUGAUGUUGAUGAUGAUUCUCCAAAUGGUAGAACAUCACCUUCUGUGUCCCAGAAUAAUGAACAGGGCUCAACCUUAAGAGACUUGCUGACCACAACAGCAGGGAAACUACGUGUGGGCUCUACAGAUGCUGGCAUUGCUUUUGCACCAGUGUAUUCAAUGGGCACCACAGGUGGCAAAAGUGGACGGAGUAUGCCUAAUAUUCUUGAUGAUAUUAUUGCUUCAGUUGUUGAAAACAAAAUUCCACCAAAUAAAACAUCCAAGAUAAAUGUAAAAUCAGAAUUCAAUGAAGAAUCUAAAGAGAGCCAAAGUCCUGCUAUGAGUGAAAAUGACAAAUUAUACAGUGAUAUCCCACAUUCUUGGAUUUGUGAGCAGCAUAUUUUAUGGCUUAAGGAUUAUAAGAAUAGUAAUAAUUGGAAGCUUUUCAAGGAAUGUUGGAAACAAGGACAGCCUGCAGUGGUUUCUGGAGUGCAUAAGAAAAUGAACAUUAGCUUGUGGAAGGCUGAAUCAAUUAGUCUUGAUUUUGGAGACCACCACGCUGAUUUACUAAACUGCAAAGACAGCAUUAUUUCAAACACCAAUGUUAAGGAAUUCUGGGAUGGUUUUGAAGAAGUUUCAAAACGACAGAGAAACAAAAGUGGUGAAACAGUUGUUUUGAAAUUGAAAGACUGCCCUUCAGGAGAAGAUUUCAAGACCAUGAUGCCUGCAAGAUAUGAAGAUCUUUUAAAAAGUCUACCAUUACCAGAAUAUUGUAAUCCAGAAGGAAAAUUCAACUUGGCCUCUCAUUUGCCAGGAUUCUUUGUACGUCCUGAUCUAGGACCUAGGUUGUGUAGUGCCUAUGGUGUAGCUGCUGCUAAAGAUCAUGAUAUAGGAACAACAAAUCUUCAUAUUGAAGUUUCUGAUGUUGUAAAUAUUCUAGUCUAUGUUGGCAUAGCAAAAGGAAAUGGGAUUAUUUCAAAAGCAGGAAUACUUAAAAAAUUUGAAGAAGAAGACUUGGAUGAUAUUUUAAGAAAAAGAUUGAAGGACUCAACUGAAAUACCUGGUGCUCUGUGGCAUAUCUAUGCUGGAAAAGAUGUUGAUAAAAUAAGAGAAUUUCUUCAAAAGAUUUCAAAAGAACAAGGCCUUGAAGUUCUACCAGAACAUGAUCCAAUACGUGACCAAAGCUGGUAUGUGAAUAAAAAGCUUCGCCAAAGACUGCUUGAAGAAUAUGGAGUUAGAACCUGUACUCUUAUCCAGUUUCUUGGUGAUGCCAUUGUUUUACCAGCUGGAGCUCUUCAUCAGGUACAGAAUUUUCACAGCUGUAUUCAGGUAACCGAAGAUUUUGUGUCUCCAGAGCAUCUUGUACAGUCAUUUCAUUUAACACAGGAACUGAGACUUUUAAAGGAAGAAAUCAAUUAUGAUGAUAAACUACAGGUUAAAAAUAUCUUAUAUCAUGCAGUCAAAGAAGUGGUGAGAACUUUGAAGAUACAUGAAGAUGAAGUAGAGGAUAUGGAAGAAAAUUAAAUGUGGUCCAGCUGAUGUUUGUAGGCCACAGACUGGGACUGCUUCCUGAAUGAUGAUAGGCACACUAACUUUAGUUUCAUAAAACCAUCAGUGCCAAGAAAUGCUCUUUGUAGUCAUUGUUACUGACACCACAGCAGUAUAGUCUAUGUCACAGCUCCUGUGAGUCAGUGUUAGUUGUAAAACAAGCUGAAUUGAAAAACAGCAUUACAUAGUGGUUUCUGUAUUAUAGUGUAUAUGAUGUUUGUGAAAAUGCCAGAUUUAAAAUGAUGUAUUUAUUUUUGGUAAAGAAAAUUCCAAGCUAUAUUGUUGAUGAAGUGUAAAUGUACCCUUGUACAGUUUAAUAAAUAACUAAUAUUUUUCACUACAUUGAGACAGUUACUGUGAGAAUAGGACACCAACACCAGCUAUUGCCUGCGUUUGGGAAAAUGCUGACUCGCACAGCAGUCAUGUCAUAAUCAGAAAUUACUGCCAAAUAAUUGUAAAAUUUGUAAAAUAUAAAGUAUAUAAAGUAGAUACUAAAUACAGACACUUCAAUAUUUUGUUGAAGCUAUUGACUGUAAAAUUAAACAUUUUCAAAAGGUGUAAUUUAUUUAAAAUUGUCUCAUUUUGGUAAAAUUUAUGUGAAGUUUUAAAGCUAAAUAUUAAACUUAAUAUGCUUUGUAAAUAUAUACAUAUAUACAUUUAAUGAUGUAUUUUUUUAAAACAUUGGCUUGCUUUUGUUAAAGUGCAAGUGUUACAUAUGGCUUUGUACAUUAAAGUUGAAAGGGGUUUUACAUUUUCCAUUAAAAAAGACUUUAUCAGAA